AUGUUAAAGAGUACCAAAGCUUUUACACCGAUCCAAAGAAGGUUUAUAACGGAAACGGUAGUAAAAUCUACCCAGCCCUCUAGAACAAGAAAAAGAAGGGCUACUCAUUUCACUGAUAAGUUGAAUAAAGGACCAUCUUUCGAGGAUUUUGUUAACGGUAAUGCGCAGAAAUUCACAUUAGACCCGUUGGAAAAGGCCAGACAAAACAGUGAAGAAGUUAAAAGGUUGCCAUCUUGGUUGAAAGUUCCCAUCCCUAAGGGUUCAAACUUCCACAAGUUGAAAGAAGAUGUGAAGGAACUAAAGUUAAGUACCGUUUGUGAAGAAGCAAAGUGCCCCAACAUUGGGGAAUGUUGGGGCGGUGGUGAUAAGUCAAAGGCCACUGCUACCAUCAUGCUUCUAGGUGAUACAUGUACUAGAGGUUGUAGAUUCUGCUCUGUGAAAACGAAUAGAAAGCCAGCUGCACCUGAUCCAAUGGAACCAGAAAAUACUGCAGAAGCUAUUUCGAGAUGGGGUUUAGGUUAUGUCGUUUUAACUACCGUUGAUAGAGAUGAUCUUCCAGACGGUGGUGCGUAUCAUCUAUCUGAAACUGUCCAAAAGAUUAAGCAAAAAGCUCCUCACAUUUUAGUAGAAACCCUUUCUGGUGAUUUCAGAGGUGAUUUAGAAAUGGUUAAAGUCAUGGCUAAGUCCGGGCUUGAUGUUUAUGCUCACAAUGUCGAAACUGUAGAAGCUUUAACCCCACACGUCAGAGAUAGAAGAGCCACGUAUAGACAGUCUUUGAAUGUAUUGGAAUGUGCUAAAAAAACAGUACCAAGUUUGGUUACGAAAACUUCCAUAAUGUUAGGUUUAGGUGAGACAGACGAACAGGUUUUACAAACCAUGAAAGACCUCCGUGCCAUCGGAUGUGAUGUUGUCACUUUUGGGCAAUAUAUGAGGCCAACAAAAAGACAUAUGAAGGUUGUCGAAUACAUUACCCCGGAAAAAUUCGAAUAUUGGAAGCAAAAGGCCUUAGAAUUGGGUUUCUUAUACUGUGCAUCUGGCCCACUUGUUAGGUCCUCUUACAAAGCUGGUGAAGCAUUCAUCGAGAAUGUUCUAAGAAAUAGAAAGAGUGCAUCAGCUUGA